AUGGUCAUCCCUGAGCACUUAAUCGAGAAAUAUGCCGCCGAGCGGGAGAAGCGACUCCGUUCCGACCAAGUCGCUCAGUUUGUCGAUUUUCGGGACCCGACACUCGCCAGCAUGGACAAAGACCCAUAUGUCGACUAUGAGGCGAUUAAUUCCAAGGGGUUCCCUCUCAAAGAUGGCGCCGAGGUCAAGUUUCUCAUCACAGGAGCCGGCACGUUGGGCCUGAUGACUGCUCAUCAUUUGGUGACCAAGGCUGGCAUCAGCAGUAAAGACAUUGUCCUGGUAGACAAGGCGAGAGGCUUUGGAGGCACUUGGUACUGGAACCGCUAUCCAGGUGUCGGUUAUGGCAUUGAAGGAUACUGUUACGUGCCUUUGUUGGAGGAGACUGGCUACAUGCCCAAGCUGAGAUAUUCCAACGGCUACGAGAUUCGUGAGCAUCUUGAACGAAUCGCUCACAUAUGGGACCUUCAAGGAUAG